UUGUUAGGGUGCCGGAGACUCAGUACAGAAGGAUCUGGCCACCUCUGCUGGUCUGAAGGCAUACACACAUGGGCAAAGAGAAAAAGUAAGCGGUGGAGAAGAAAGAGGAAGGAAGGAAAGAGUAAGAGAGAAAAAAGGAAGAAAGAAAUCUGUGGUUUUUACAGAAAAAAGUCAGCUAAUUGAAACUUGGGUACUAUUUGGCGUUGGUUUGCUGAAUUUAAGCCAACAUACGCAGAUAAAUGCAGGUAUUCUGUAGUGAUAAAAGUAAUUGACAUUUUUCCACAUGGUAAAUAAAUUAUUUUCAGCCAGAACGGAGGUGUAGAACGUGGCAAACCAACACAUUUUAUUUAGAGUCCGUAUCAAAUAGGAAUGACUUGGUGAACUUUUUCAGAGGAAGCUUCUCAUAUUAAAACACAGGAGCUAUCACUGGCUUAAUGAACUUUCUCUAGUCACCUACACCCUCCUAGUACCCAGGAGAUUCUUACUUACAUAAAUUCUGGAUUGACAGGUUUGAUUGCUCACCUCCUGCUUUGCUAUGUGAAAAUCAUGACCCAUACCCAAUUUCUAUAGAGAUUAUACCAGAAGAAAAUGAUGUGGUGAUUGUUUCUGAGCUAUUCCAUAUGGAAUGCAGUGUAUUCAGUGGCCAUGCCCUCCAUUAAACGGGUUUGAGCAAAAUUGAAAUGGAAUCUAAAGACAGAAACCCUGACUGGCUUCUACCAUGCCAGGUAAGCCUCACUCAUAAGCAAGGGAAGCAUCAAGAUCUUAUAUUAUUGAAUGCAUUGACCUACAAUGAUGUGCAUGUGAACUUUACUCGAGAAGAGUGGGCUUUGCUAGAUCCUUCCCAGAGGAAUCUCUACAAAGAUGUGAUGCUGGAGACCUACAGGAACCUCACUGCUAUAGGCUACAAUUGGAAAGAUCAUAAUAUUGAAGAGCAUUGUCAAAGUUCUAGAAGACAUACAAGGUAUAUCAUUGUCACAGUGAAGACAUAUUAGCAUGGGGCUAUUGAAAGAAGCAAUGUACCUCCCAGAACAAUUAAAAGAUAUAAUAGUCCCCAUUUUGAGUAGAUUUUUUAAAUGUGAUACCUGUUAUGUUUUAUAUAGGAUAUUCCGACCUGGCAGCAGUGCAAAGAAUGACACAGAAUCUUUUUAAUAUUUUAAAGCUUAGGCAAUUUACCUGGGCAGCCUCUGAACCCUCUUUUUCCCUUAACCCAAAUAAAACUAGUCAGGUGUCCCGUUGCAUGGCCAGCUCUACCUCUUCAUAAAUGUUCAUAUACAUCUGUUACCUGCAGUGUACUGCUAAUGAAUUUGUCUUUUGCUUUCUUCUUCCCAGCAACCCUCUCUCACUCAGAUGUUCUGCCCUCUAUUUUGUGCCCUGCUAUUAGUUGUCCACUUUUAUUGUUUCCAAUAGAUAAGAAAGGAAGGACAAAUGUUUACAAAAUAUAUGACAGGUGAUUGGCAAUAGAAAGAACAAUACUAAGUUCUGGCCAGCACUUAGUUCUCUGCUGUCUCAGCAAUCAGCAUUCACAUAUGCUGACACACUUUCACACAAUAUACCCCAACAUCAAUUUAUUGGUUAUUCAAUUUCCUUAAGAAUACUCAUAAACUCACACUGCAGAAAAUGUAAGUUUUAGGAAUGUUGAAAUUUUGUUUGUCCCAGUUAUCUUUGCAAAUUUAUCAUGGCGCCCAGUAUAGGGGAGUUUAUGAAGCCAGUAGAUUUUGCAGUUUUCUACAAAUAUGUGGUAAAACAUCUUAUAGAAGAAAAAUAUAGUAAAAAUAUGAGCCAGGUAACAAACAUUUUUAUCAUCACAGGUAUGUUUAAAUAUGCAAAACUACACAUAGAGAAGGAGAACACGAUGAAUGUAAAAAUAGUGAUGAAACCAAGAUGUAGUUCCUCUUUACCUUUACACCAUAUUGUAAAAUUGACAUGGAUAAAAAUAUUCAACAGUGUAA